UUGAGCUCAACCCCCCUCUCUCCAUGGCUUGCAGGUGGCCAUCAAACGCGUGGCCCGGGAGAGCGUCCUGCAGUGGGACGAGCUGGUGCGUGAGCGGGGCCAGCGGGACAGAGAGGGCCGGGGCGGGCAGGGAUAAGGCCGGGGCCUGGGCAGUGGCAGGCGGGGGAUGGCGGGGGGAGCGGGCGUGGGCUCAGUGUGCCAGACUGGGCAUGGUGGGCCUGGCGGUGCCAGAGACCAGUGGUGGGGCCAGGCAGGGGACACCUCCCAAGCAGGAAGCCCAAGCAGCAGGGAGGCUGCCCGGGGGCGGGCACUGGGCCAUGCCAGGCAGGGAGGGGGCAGCGCAGCCACAGGGCAGCAUCAGGCCUGCUGGAGGCAUUGUCUUCUCCUCACAGCCCGACGGCACCCGUGUGCCCAUGGAGGUCGUGCUGAUGGAGAAGGUGGGCUCUGGUUGCCACUACAUCAUCCAGCUCCUCGACUGGUUUGAGCUGCCUGACAGCUUCCUUCUGGUCAUGGAGCGUCCGGAGGCAUCGCGGGAUCUCCUGCAGCUCCUGCUGGAGCACGAGGUCCUGAGCGAGGAGAUGGCGCGCUGGCUUUUCCGCCAGGUGCUGGAGGCCGUGCGGCACUGCACCGCCUGCGGCGUCCUGCACCGUGACAUCAAGCCCCAGAACCUCCUCGUGAACCCGGAGAGUGGUGACCUGAAGCUCAUCGACUUCGGUUGCGGCACCUUCCUCCAGGAGCGGCCCUACACACAAUUUGCCGGUGAGCCCAGAGCCCGGGCCCUGCUCCCAGUGCCAGGCACUGCACGGCCCCAUUCCCUCCUGCGCUGCGGGGCGCGGCCUUCAGCCGGCUGCCGUGCAUUUGGCACAGGGCAGAUGCCGUGCCCAGAGCCGGCUUUGGUCAGUUGUCUGGGGGAGGUGGGGGUGGCCGGCGGGGGAAGUCGAGGCUGCCGGCGCGGCCCCUGCCUCAGCCAGGAGGCUGGCGCCAGGCUCUGCAAGGCAGCGGCUGCGCCUGGACAGCACCGCCUGUCUCCCCUAGGAACACACGUGUACAGCCCACCCGAGUGGAUCGCCUGUGGCUGCUACUACGGCCAUUCAGCAACCAUCUGGUCCCUGGGUGUGCUGCUGUACGUCAUGGUCUGCGGGAACCUCCCCUUCUGCAAGGACCAUGACAUCGUGUCGGGGCAGCUCUUCUUUGGGCACCAGGUCUCUCCAGCGUGUGAAGAUCUGAUCCGCUGGUGUUUGGCCAAGCACCCCGCGGACAGGCCGGAGCUGGAGGACAUCUUGUGCCACCCUUGGGUGCGGGGCGGGCGUUUCUGAUGCCUUGCCGGAACCUCUGCAGCACCCAGUUACCAUGUCCCACGCAGGACCCAAAAAAUAAAACAUGCACAAACCCAUUCUGGGCUGUCAAGUCUGGUCCUUGUCAGCAGCUUCAGCUAAAGAAACCUUCUGGGAAAAGGAAUAGUCCAAGUGCUCCCUUCAGCCUUCUUCAAGCUUUCCAUGCCUUUCCUUCAGUAUGGGAACUCUGUGUCUUCCAGCACAGGCCGGAGGGGUAGCAGGGGCUUGAGCAAGCCAAGAAAUGCAACAGUGAAACAACCGCUGUCCUUUCAAGCUGAUGUGCCCACUCCCUGUCUCCUGAAGUGAAACCAGAGAGGGCUCUGGCUGCAUUGCCAGGGCCAGCAGAUGCCAGGGGCAGAGGCAGUGGCUCUGCUAGCAAAGCUGGGAGAAGAACCAGAAGCAUCAAAAGGGCACUUCAUGUUGAGCUCUAAUGACUUUCUCUUUCUUUCUUUCUUUCUUUCUUUCUUUCUUUCUUUCUUUCUUUCUUUCUUUCUUUCUUUCU